AAACAACAAAAGGUUAUCAUGAAUUCAUUACCAGCUCGUCUCACCGGGACAAACAUUUUACAAUUUAUUUUGUUCACAUGAUUUUGAAAGUUCAAAAACUACUGCAUCAUAUGGUAGCAGGAUUAAUUCAACACUUAUGAUUGAGAAUGCGGGAUAUUUUCUUAAAAUUCAUCCCCCCCAAAAGGAAUUUUUAGUUCACUUGAAUCUUCAUGAGUCGAAAAUGUGUAUCUUUUUCCUUGUUCUAGCUUUUAUAGGUUCAACACAAGCAGCCACGGACUACAGUGGACACCAAGUUCUUCGUGUUACCCCUCGUACCGAAGAACACCAACAAUGGCUUAGGGACAUGGAGAUUACUAUGGUCAAUGAGAUCGAUUUCUGGUCUGACGUCAAGAACAUCCCGGGUAGUACGGUUGAUGUCAUGAUACCGGGUCGACAUCUAGCCACAUUCCUCGACAUCUUCAAUAAUAAGAAUAUACCAGUAAGCAUCAUGAUCGAUGAUGUCGGCCUUCUCAUAAAUGAACAGGAGAGGAAUAGAAAGAAACGAUCAGCAACUAACCAUGAUCUCGGCUCUUUUGACUACACGGUAUAUCAUACAUACGAAGAGAUUCAGCAAUGGAUAUUGGAUAUUGCCGCUGCUUACCCAACUAUCGCCACCUCAUUCGUGCUCCCUAAACGAUCAUACGAAGGAAGGACUAUCUCUGGUAUUAAGAUCCGAGGAACUGGAGGUUCAGCAGGCAUUCGUAAGGGCGUCUACUUUGAGGCUGGUAUCCAUGCUAGGGAAUGGAUUUCACCCGCUACACUCAUUUAUAUCACCAAAACACUCCUUGAAGAUUAUAUGACAGGUGAAUCUAUGGCAGUGAGACUCGUUGACACAUUUGACUGGUAUAUUGUACCUUCUCUCAACCCAGAUGGUUAUGUCCACACCUGGACAAAGGAGCGGAUGUGGCGCAAGACUCGAUCGAAUAAUGCGGAAAAUGCAUUUUCUGGUUGUACAGGGACUGAUGCUAAUAGAAACUGGCCAUAUGAAUGGGGAGGUAAAGGAACUAGUUCUCACCCUUGCUCCAAUCUGUACCAAGGCAAAGGACCUCUGUCCGAAAUGGAAGUCGAAGCUGUGGUCGAAUUUCUCCGCGAUAAGAAGGAUAAAGGCCAAGAUUUCGUUUGGUUUAUCGACUGGCACAGUUAUGCCCAGUAUAUCAUUACACCGUGGUCAUACUCUACUGAUGCACCAGAUCCUCCUAACCUCCAGAACAUGUUGGAGGCAGGACAGGUAAUGGCAGAUGCAAUAGCUAGCUACAAGAGCAAUACUUUCUAUGAAGUAGGGACCACAGCUGAGUUAUUAUAUGAGUUUAGUGGGGCAAGCAUCGACUGGAGUUAUGCACCAUAUAACAAGUAUGAUAGGACAGCAGGAGGUUUAGAUGUUCCUUAUUCUUACGUUGUGGAGCUUCGUGAUAUCAACAAGUACGGGUUUAUACUCCCAGAAGACCAGAUUGAGGAUUCGGGAAAAGAGAGCGUACUCGGUGUCUAUGCGAUGGGAACAUACAUCAUUGAUGUUCUCAGCGCUGAGGGAAAACUCUAGGACAAACUAAUAGAGAUGCUGCAAGGCUGUUGUGUCAUAUCUUGGACAGAAUGACAUCAAAAUCGAGUAUAUGUUAUAAUCAAAGAACUCUCUGGGGUAUGGUUCAUAGCAUGAAGCCAGGCAUAGUAAUAUUGCUGUUAUACACAUCAACAACUCUGAUGAGAUUGGAAAAAUAAAUAAAAAAGAAGAAGAAAAACACCUGAUGUUAUUUAAUGUUGUACAAUAAGCUGCUAAUCCUUGUGAAGAUGAAGACUGAUGUGUAGAUCAAAUUGAUAUGGAUAUUAAAAGCCCUAAAAGUAGUCUCGACAAUAUCUACAAACAAUAACUUCAUCAUGUGUAUACUCACGUGACGAAGUGUUGUUUAACUACAAAACCUCUUCCUUUCCUUUUCAUUAUUCAUUUAUUUGGUCUUUAUUUCUACUUGUAUAUAAAUAUAAGGAGAUACAACAUCCAAGUUUGUCUUGCACAUCAAUGAUUUAUCAUCAAGUUGAAUAUAUUCCAUAAUCUCAUUAGACAGAUGAAUGAAUGAAUGAAUAAAUAAAUCAAUUAAUAAAUAAUUUGAUUAAAGUAAUAAUGAUGUAAAUGAAGAAGACAUACCUGUAAUUACAGACUAUUGUGGUAAUAAAGUAGGAUACGUCCUGGUGCGUGAACACGU